CACAAAAUCAGACUAGUCCGAGAGAAUGGUUUUACAUCAGGUUGUAGACUAACACUGGGAGAGCUUCUCAAGACGAAAUCGGAGGAAGGAGUAAGGGUGCUACUACUUGUCUGGGAUGAUCCUACUUCAUGGCAAUUCUCUGGUUUUAAAUUUAAAGGAAAGAUGGACACCUAUGAUGAAGAGAUUCAUCAUUUUUUCAAGCAUUCAUCAGUAAAUGUGUUGCUUGGUAAACGAAUUGCUGCCGGUAGACAACACGGCAUGUUGAAAAAACAGGAGGCUGCUUUAAUCUAUACGCAUCACCAGAAGAUUGUAGUUGUGGAUUCAGAUGCUGGCAACAAUAUGAGAAAAAUAACUGCUUUUAUUGGAGGACUGGAUUUAUGCCAAGGCCGAUAUGACUCGCCAAUCCAUCCUUUAUUUGCCACGCAACAAACAGUGCAUAAAGAUGACUUUUACAACCCCAAUUUCAAGGCUCCUCCUGUUCACUGUCCACGACAACCCUGGCAUGAUCUACAUUGUAAGGUUGAUGGUCCAGCAGCAUAUGAUGUUCUCAUUAACUUUGAAGAGCGUUGGAAAAAAGCUUCAGAACUGCAUGGAAUUGACAAAUUAAUAAAACUUGGUUCCAAGUAUCACUACACUGAAAGUUUGCUUAAGAUAGACAAUAUACCUGAGAUACUUGGGAUGCUUAAUGCUCCUUGGUUGAGUGAGAAUGAUCCAGAGGCUUGGCAUGUGCAGGUUCUUCGCUCAAUUGAUUCAAAUUCUGUAAAAGAUUUUCCUACUGAUCCAACGGAAGUCGCAAAAAAGAACCUAGUCUAUGGGAAAGAUGUAGUGAUUGACAUGAGCAUACAUUCUGCAUAUGUAAAAGCUAUCAGAGCCGCCCAACACUUCAUUUAUAUUGAGAACCAGUACUUUCUUGGAUCAUCAUAUAAUUGGUCUUCAAAGCAAAACACAGGAGCAAACAAUUUGAUACCAAUGGAAAUUGCACUGAAAAUUGUGAACAAGAUAAAAAAGAAUGAGAGGUUUUCUGUGUAUAUAAUUAUUCCCAUGUGGCCAGAAGGUAUUCCGACAGGAAAAACUGUGCAAGCAAUUCUCUAUUGGCAGCACAAAACAAUGAAAAUGAUGUACAAGAUGGUUUACAAGGCUUUGGAAGAAUCUGGACUUGAGAAGAUGUAUGUGCCCGAAGACUAUUUGAACUUCUUUUGCCUCGGAAAUCGGGAAGAAAUAGACCAGAAUGGCUCUGCUUCAUGCCAUGGAAAACCUGCUAAGUGGGAGGAAGACACCCCUCAAAAACGUACUGGGAAGAGUACUGGACGCUUUAUGAUCUAUGUUCAUUCUAAAGGGAUGAUAGUGGAUGAUGAAUAUGUGAUAUUGGGCUCUGCAAAUAUCAACCAGCGAUCCAUGGCUGGCAACAGAGAUACUGAGAUCGCUAUUGGUGCCUACCAGCCUCAGCAUACAUGGACAAGAAAGCCAUCUGGUCCACGAGGGCAGGUUCAUGGUUACAGGAUGUCACUCUGGGCAGAGCACAUGGGAACUCUUGAGGAGUGUUUUGGACACCCAGAGAGCCUUGAAUGUACAAAGAGGGUCAGGGCACUGGGGGAACAAAAUUGGAAACAAUAUGCUGCAGCAUCUGAUGAGGUUGGGGAUAUGAAGGGACACCUUCUCAAGUACCCCAUCAAAGUAGAUAUGGAGGGAAAUGUGAAGCGUCUUGAUGGUUACACUGCUUUUCCUGAUGUGGGAGGGGAAAUAAAGGGAACAUUUGAGAAGAUCCUGGAAAACAUUACCACAUAGGCUGUGUUUGGUUUCUAGGAAAACAUUGCAGGGAAACGUUUACAAACCUUGUAUCUUCCUUUCCCUACCUUUGUCUAUGAGGCUGAGCAAUUUUGAAGAUGGUUCAUUUUUGUGGGCUGUAAUAAUGGAAGAUAUUUUAUAACCAACUUUGUUUAGUAAUGUGCAGUUUUUUCACUGAGAUUGUAUUGCCAUAUCCUCUUCCUCGACAUUUUAUGAAUUUCUUCCCAAAAUUCUGAGUGAAGACAAUUUGUUGUGAGUUGUGAC